AUGUCAUCUGAAGGAAAUCAAAGCAGUGUACCCACUGUUAUUUUCUUGGGUUUUUUAGAACAUCCAGAACUCCAGGUUCCACUCUUUUUGGUUUUCUUGUCCAUCUAUACUGUCACUGUAGUGGGAAAUUUGGGGAUGAUAUUUAUCAUCCAGAUCAAUCCAAAACUCCACACCAUCAUGUACUUUUUCCUUAGACACUUGUCCUGUGUAGAUUUAUGUUUUUCUACUGUAGUUACACAAAAAUUGUUAGAGAACUUGAUUGUGGAAGACAGAACCAUCUCUUUCUUUGGUUGUGUCAUGCAAUUUUCUUGUGCUUGCAUUUUUGGAGUGACAGAAACUUUCAUGUUAGCAGCAAUGGCCUUUGACCGUUUUGUAGCAGUUUGCAACCCUCUGCUCUACAACACUGUUAUGUCUCAGCAGCUUUGUGCUGGUUUGGUGGUUGGAUCUUACACCUGGGGCAUAGUGUGUUCCCUGACACUCACAUAUUUUCUUCUUUCCCUGUCCUAUUGUGAAUCCAGCAUCAUAAAUAAUUUUGUCUGUGAAUUUUCUGUAAUUGUUUCCAUGUCUUGUUCAGACCCCUAUAUCAGCCAGAUUCUGUGUUUUAUUAUUGCUGUAUUCAAUGAAGUGAGCAGUCUUAUGCUUAUUCUUACGUCACAUAUGUUCAUUUUCAUCACUGUUAUGAAGAUACCUUCUGCAAAUGGACGUCAGAAAGCCUUCUCCACCUGUUCCUCCCACCUGACUGCCAUCACCAUCUUCCAUGGAACCAUUCUUUUCCUUUACUGUGUUCCUAAUACUAAAACUUCAUGGCUCAUAGUUAAAGUGGCUUCUGUGUUUUACACAGUGGUGAUUCCUAUGCUAAACCCAUUGAUUUAUAGCCUUAGGAACAAUGAUGUGAAGAACACAUUCAGAAAAUUAGUAGUCACCAAGUGUCUUUGUCAUUCAAUUUCAGUAUAA